AUGUCAUUUUUUCAGUCUCUAAUUCCAUAUUUUAAAAAAUUAGAUCCAAUCCAAAAGCUUCGAGUUAGAAAUAAGUUUCAAAAUAUUUUAAUAGAAGAACUAUCUCCGAUUCGAGAACAGGUAUUAAAUGUUUCAAAUAUACCACCAUACAUCGCAGAAUCUACUCCAGAUCCUCAACUAUCAGUUUCAUCAUACAACGCUCAGCAAUAUACUUCACAAGAACCAGGUUAUCAUUACAUUCACUCAUCUAAUGUUCAAUAA